AUGAAUGGAGACCAUGUAUUUGUGCAGUGUGAAGUUGCUUCUCGCUUGUGGGAGAGGCUAUUUUUGGAGGUCUGGUUUUUAAGUGUAAGGGGAUCUGGUUUCGGCAAAGGUAAAAAGGCUAAGGUUCUAUGUGGUUGUAACGUGCUAGCUAUCAUCACUUGGGUGCUUUGGAUGGAGAAAAAUAGAAGAACUUUUAAAGAUUACAGAGGUGUAGGGCUGGAGGAACUUUGGAUUAGAGUAAAAUGCCUGGCAGAUUUAUGGGCUUCUGUUUCAGAGGAAUUUAGAGAUUACAACACGUCUUUAAUUAUGAUUGCCUGGAUGGCAGGUGUAGUGUAGGCUCAGUUUCUUUGGGAGUUUUAUCUGCUUCAGUUAAGAGUUUGUAGUGUUGGUCUUUCUAGUCUUUAAUGUUAAUUUCCUCGUUGCUUGUGGACUUCUUGUCCACUUCUGUUGAGUAACAUGCUCAUAUAUAGAGAUGGUUACAUGUGGGAAAUGUACUUUUUCAUCCAACUCAAUUAGCAGGUCACAUGUAUCUUAGGUGCAGUCUAGGCUCAGUUUCUUUGGGAGUUAUGUCUGCUUCAGUUAAGAGUUUGUAGUGUUCUUUCUAGUCUAUGAUGUUUCUCUUUUUUUCUUCUCCUUGUUGCUUGUGGAGUUCUUGUCCACUUUUAUUAACAUAUAGAGAUGCUUACAUGUGGGAAAUGUAUAACUCUAGCGUUCAACUCAAUUAUCAGUCACACGUAUCCCUGUUUUUGUAUGUAUGUAUGUAUGAUUUGUGGUUGGAAUUGUGUUUAAGUUACUGGCUAGGAUAUCUAAAGUUGUUCAGAAUUCCUGUUCUCUUGAAGCAAUGUCUUCAUUUAUUUGUUUGCUGUAAUUAUUUUUUUCCUUUCAUUUGGUUUUUCAGUCCAGAACAUCCUUCCUUUCGGGCACGUGGCCGGUCCAUGCUCGGUGGUGAUAGGAAGUCUUUUAGAGAUUAUGCUGAUGACAUGCCUAAAUCAAGCUACAGGUCAGAUGGUGCAUCAACAUCAGAAGCACGUAGAUUAAGAAGAAGAAGCAUUAGUAUUACUCCAGAGAUUGGUGAUGACAUCGUAAGGGCUGUACGUGCGAUGAAUGAAACAUUGAAGCAAAACCGUCUCUUAAGAGGGCAGGGAGAUGAGAGGUCAUACAGCCACUCUUCAAAUGACAGUAAUAAUCUUCAGAAUAAUGACCAAAUCAGUACACAGAAAGCAAUAUCAUUACCUUCAUCGCCGCAUCAGUAUAGGAGCCAAACAUCUGAGAGGGCUGGACCUUCAGAAUUCACGAGAAGUGCUGAACUGGUUUCAACAUGGAACAGAAUUCUUGAAUCUGCCACAUUUGAUAACAAACCUCUAUUGCCUUACCAAGAAUGGAAUAUUGAUUUCUCAGAAUUGAGUGUUGGAACUCGUGUUGGAAUAGGAUUCUUUGGAGAAGUCUUUCGUGGCAUUUGGAAUGGAACAGAUGUUGCAAUUAAGGUUUUUUUAGAGCAAGAUCUUACUACUGAGAACAUGGAAGAUUUCUGCAAUGAAAUAUCCAUUCUUAGCCGCAUUCGGCAUCCAAAUGUCAUUUUAUUUCUGGGUGCAUGCACAAAGCCUCCACGCUUGUCAAUGGUUACAGAAUACAUGGAGAUGGGAUCCUUGUAUUAUUUGAUUCAUAUAAGUGGCCAGAAGAAGAAGCUUAGCUGGCGAAGGAAACUAAAAAUGUUGCGCGAUAUAUGCAGGGGGUUGAUGUGCAUACACCGCAUGAAGAUAGUUCAUCGUGACCUAAAGAGCGCAAAUUGUCUAGUGAAUAAGCAUUGGGCUGUCAAGAUUUGUGAUUUUGGGCUCUCAAGAAUGAUGACUGAGGCAAACAUGAAGGACUCCUCAUCUGCUGGAACUCCUGAAUGGAUGGCACCUGAGCUUAUCCGAAAUGAACCCUUCACAGAAAAGUGUGAUAUAUUCAGCUUUGGGGUGAUAAUGUGGGAGCUCUGCACUCUAAAUAGACCUUGGGAAGGAGUGCCACCAGAGAGGGUUGUUUAUGCUGUUGCCAAUGAGGGUUCACGGUUAGACAUUCCGGAUAAUCCACUAGGCAGGCUCAUCUCAGAUUGUUGGACAGAGCCGCAUUUACGACCAACCUGUGAUGAGAUACUUUCGCGCUUGGUAGACUGCGAAUAGUCGAAUACUCGCUUUGCUGAUACAAUCUUGUUUCUUUAUGUAUAGAAAACAUGGUAGAGGUGUUACAUUGUAUUCUCUCGGCUUAAGGUGUAUCCUGUUGUUAACUUCCCAAUCAUCGUAAAAUUUUAAGCUUGAUUUUCUUUUAUCCUUUUAAAUUUUUCAUCAUCCAAUCCAAUGUGGCAACUCGGCUUUUUGUGCAA